GUGUAUUUGAUCGUUGGGGAUAUGGCGCAUUUGAACAGGACUAUUUUGUCUGCUGCAUUAUGACUGGAUUUCUAGCCAGCUAACUAGCUUUCGCUAGUUGCAUUGCAGAGUCUAUUUCUAUUAAACGUUACGUCGUGUUGCUUAUUGAAACACACAUCCCGCAAGGAAUUGUGAAUUUAGAUUGCAUGCCAGAGUCUUAACUAGCUACGACAGCUAAGCAAGCCACUCCUGAUUGUCUCAUGUUUUGCUGUGUUAUCGAUUUGGCAACACUCGCUUGGCCACGUCUUAUCAAUUUGUGUAUUUUAGUUUUCUCGUGGUAAACGCCAGCCUCUACCUAGCUAACGUUACCCAACGACUUGGUUGCUAAAUGUCGGAGAAGAGUUCGAACUCGUCGGGCUCCGAUGAAGAUGUGGAUCCCGAAUCUGGGCAUCCUGUUGAACUCGGUGGCGUCCUAAGCAAGUGGACAAACUACAUUCACGGAUGGCAGGACCGGUGGGUAGUGUUGAAGAACAACACUCUGAGCUACUAUAAGUCAGAGGAUGAGCGGGAGUACGGCUGCAGGGGCUCUCUGUGUCUCAGCAAGGCGAUCAUCACACCCCAUGAGUUUGAUGAGUGUCGUAUUGACAUCAGUGUGAACGACAGUGUGUGGUACCUACGGGCAGAGGACCCAGAGCACCGGCUCCGAUGGAUUGACUCCAUCGAACUACACAAGGUGGAGUCGGGGUAUGGUUCAGAGUCCAGUCUGAGGCGUCAUGGUUCCAUGCUGUCUCUCACCUCCGCUGCCAGUGGCUUCUCCGCCACCUCCACCUCCUCCUUCAAGAAGGGCCACAGCCUGCGGGAGAAGCUGGCGGAGAUGGAGACGUUCAGAGACAUCCUGUGCAGACAGGUGGACACGCUGCAGAAGUACUUUGACGGCUGCGCAGACGGCGUCUCCAAGGACGAGUUCCAGAGAGACAAAGUAGUGGAGGAGGAUGAAGAUGACUUUCCCACAAGCACGCGUCCCAAUGGUGACGGCCUUCACAACAACAACGGCAGCAGAGAGAAGUUGUUUCUCCCUGCCAGUCCUAAGGGCAUGAAUGGGAUCGAUUUUAAGGGCGAGGCCAUCACGUUUAAGGCCACUACAGCUGGGAUCCUGUCUACCCUGUCCCACUGCAUCGAGCUCAUGGUGAAGAGGGAGGACAGCUGGCAGAAGAGGCUGGACAAGGAGCUGGAGAAGAGGAGGAGGGUGGAGGAUGCCUACAAGUCGGCCUUGAGCGAACUGAAGAAGAAAUCUCACUAUGGAGGCCCCGACUACGAGGAGGGUCCUAACAGCCUCAUCAAUGAGGAGGAGUUCUUUGAUGCGGUGGAAGCUGCCCUGGACAGACAAGACAAGAUAGAGGAACAGUCAGAGAAGGUGAGGAUACCUAGACUGACCCCCGUCCCCCCUGGAGACGCAUACUCCGUCAUCGGAACACACCGCUUUGCCAAACAGCCCCAUAGCUACUCUUCCUCCCUGUCCUCCGUUGAAUUAGUCAGUGCCUCAGAUGAUGUUCACAGAUUCAGCGCACAGGUGGAGGACGUGGUUCAGAAUCACAUGACCUACUCCCUGCAGGACAUGGGUGGUGACGCCAACUGGCAGCUGGUGGUGGAGGAGGGCGAGAUGAAGGUGUACAGGAGAGAGGUGGAGGAGAACGGCAUCGUUCUGGACCCUCUGAAAGCCACCCAUGCAGUGAAGGGUGUGACCGGACACGAGUUGUGCCACUACUUCUGGGACACGGAUGUACGCAAUGACUGGGAGACCACCAUUGAAAACUUUAACGUGGUGGAGACGCUCUCAGACAAUGCUGUUAUAGUCUACCAGACACACAAGAGAGUAUGGCCUGCCUCUCAGAGGGAUGUCCUCUACCUAUCAGCUAUCAGGAAAAUCCUGGCGACCAAUGAGAAUGACCCAGACACGUGGCUGGUCUGCAACUUCUCUGUAGAUCACGACAACGCCCAGCCCACCAACCGGUGUAUCCGUGCCAAAAUCAACGUGGCCAUGAUCUGCCAGACCCUGGUGAGCCCUCCGGAGGGCAACAAAGAGAUCAGCAGGGACAACGUCCUCUGUAAGAUCACGUAUGUGGCCAACGUGAACCCUGGAGGCUGGGCCCCUGCCUCAGUCCUUAGAGCCGUGGCCAAGAGGGAAUACCCCAAGUUCCUCAAACGCUUCACCGGCUACGUCCAGGAGAAGACCAGCGGAAAACCUAUCCUCUUCUAAAUCUCACCGGUGUUGGAAGGCGAAACACCUUUUUGUCCUGAAGAGAUAUGGCUACAUUUCCCAUCAUUCAAUGGGCUCCCACAGACUACAUUACCCAAUCAUCUGUCAACCGGAAUUUCUUUACAAAUCAUCCAGAAUGUUCCAGAUGAAAUAAUCGUAUCAGACUGAUUUAGGGCUUUAAUCCAUCAGUAGUUACUAGCCACCUGAGCCACAAAAACAUUGUUAAACUGUCCAUGGAUGUGUUUGUAUAUAAAUUCAAGAAUUUCUGAAACGACAGAACCAAUCUUUUUGUAAAUUGUUUUGUAAAUCAUUUCCAAUUAUAUUAUUUUGGACUAUACUUUUUCAUUUGCUUUAAUCACUGAUUAUCACAGCGUCUUUUCAUGCUGUUAAUUUCACUACGAAGAAGGACACUGAGUAGAGAGUUCAGGCAAAGUAUGGCUAACCUUCUUCUCCUCUCCCUCUAGUGACGACCUGUGGUCUGAUGGGGGGAGGGAGUCCAAAGCUUUGUACACUCUUUUUGGCUAAAAUCUCUAUAUUUGUAGAUCAUAGCUGUAAAGGAGCACUAUGGAUGUGAUGUAUUAUACAGAGGCAGAGAUAGAUAAUUAGUUUAUCGGUGUAUGUGAAUUGACUUAAGGCAACCUGGAAUUGGAAGAACAAGUGUCAUAGGUUCUUUGAUUUGACAGUAUGGAUGGAUAAGAUUGAAGUAAUCUGUUGAAUGUGACCCAGCAACACUAUUAAGUGUUGGUUGCCCCCUCCCUCUCACUAUGUUUUGUCCAAGUAACAUACAGCAUUGGGUGUUCAGAUGGACCUUGUCAUUGGCUUCAAAGGCUUUUGGGAUGGCCGUUUCGACGUGACAUUUCACAUCCCGACACGAUGCUUUAGACACCAGGACAAAUCCACAGAGCCCAUCUAUCUACUACAGUAUAAUAUGACCAGAUGUGCUUUUAGAUUGAGACACUAAACAUUUCACACCUCAAUAUUGUGCAAUCAAAAAGUCUGUAAAGCUGAGGGCAGAAUCCUCCAAUCAGCAGCGACAUCAGCUGAAUACAUUUGUCUUGAAUGUUCUAUAUAAAGAAUGGGCACACUUUGUAUAUUUCUAAGUCCUCAAGUGAUAUUUGCACUAAAUAAUGCAAUUGGACAAUGUUCGAUAAAUUAAAAUUGCUACACUACAGAAAUGA